AACCUAAAAUAUCUAAACAAUUUAUUUACGCAUUUCAUUUGCUCCGAUUUAUCAGUAAUUUUCUGAAAUUUUUUCUAUGUUAUUGUGAUUUUGUUGGAUAAAAAUGUGAAUGAAUGUUUGAUUCUAAACUUCAGUUUACUUUAGUGAGUGAAAAUGCAUGAUUCUGACGAGGAAAAUUAUGUGAAAUAUGGAACUCCUCUUGAUCCCUUGGAUGAAGACAGUUUACCAAGAAAGAAACCGAUAACUCUUCAAGAUCAAGUCGCUGUUGAUGAAUAUGGACGACGUAGGUUCCAUGGAGCGUUUACAGGAGGUUUUUCCGCCGGAUAUUUCAAUAGUGUGGGCACCCGAGAUGGAUGGAAACCUCAGCAAUUUAAAUCUUCGCGGGCCAGUAAAGCCGGGGGAAUUAAUCAACGACCAGAGGAUUUUAUGGACGAAGAAGACACCAGUGAAUUUGGAUUCGCGCCCACAGGAAUACGAGCUACCCAGGAUUAUACGGAUGAUAACAAAAGAGGAACAAAAAGAGAAAGAGCCCGACAAAUUAACGACGGUCCCAUUCCUGGAAUUCCAGUUUUGCACCAAAUUCUUCAGCCCACGAGAGAAAGAGUUGGUGUGAGAUUAUUGAAGAAAAUGGGAUGGAAGCCGGGACAGGGUGUUGGGCCUCGUCUUACGAAAAAAGAAAAAGUGAAAAUGAAGGAAAAAAAUGAAAAGCUGAAAGUUUAUGGUUGCUACAUGCCUUCGCAACGACAGAGUGAGGAGAGCGAAUCUGAUGUUUCUGAUGACGAGUAUUCCGAAAUCAUGUUAGCUCCUGAUGAUUACGAACCAUUAAGGGCAAAACCGAAAGACAAUUAUUUCGGUCUUGGUUACAGUGGACUAGACAAGCGUCCGAUUCUUUCCAGCCACAUUAAUCUCUUCGAACCAUCGACUUUCAGUCUUCAAGAAAAGAACAAAAAGUUCUCGAUAAAAGGUCAAGCCUUCGGAGUCGGUGCUUUCGAAGAAGAGGACGAGGACAUCUACGCAAAAGAAGAUAUGUCCAACUACGAUUUUGUGCUCGGACCCAAAAAACAGUCAAAAUCGAGAUGGAAUCGAGACGAGGAAGGAAAUAGUUCGAAAGUUCCUGGAUGCCUCGAGGGUUUCGUGCCCGCUAAAAAUCCAAUCGAACGUCGCAAGAUCUACAAACCUCCGGAACUUCCCAAAGACUUCAAACCGAUUCACGUUCCCCGAAAGAGUCGAUUCUUCCCACCGAUCGAAUGUCCUGCGCGAAGUUCACUACCGAGUGGAAGAAGAAAGCUCUACGGUGGUCAGAAUUUAAAUGCCAAUACGAGAGCUUCAAUAAUUGGCGAACCUUCAGUCUCGAGAAUAGCAGAGUCUGCAUCAAAAGCGGAAGAAGGGAGAAAAGAAGAGAGUUGUUCAGUUGCUUCGAAAAUAAUCAUGAAAACUUUGAAUCUUCACGGGAAGGAGCAAGUCGCCGAGCGGCAGAAAUUGGAGGAGGAGAGAAAAAUUGGCGCGGUUAUCUCCAAUUCUUGGAUGGACAAACUCUACACGGCGAGUUUCGUGAAAGGGGGAGUUGUCGGCUCGGGAUUGAGUGUGGAAGGAAGUUUGAAAAAUUUGAAUGAGUUCAAAGAGAAGACUGAAACUUCUGGAGCUAGUAGCAAGGUUUCCGAUCCUGGAAAUCCAGCCGGAAGUGGCGAUUUUGCGAAACCAUUCAUUGCUGAUCCAGAUAAACAGCGAAGAUUCGAGCAAUAUCUGGUCUUCAGAAAGAGCAACGAGACGAGGAAACUCGCGACUAUUCAGCCUCUUUCAAUGACCGAGUGGGACAGGAAUCAGGAAACUGUGGAGUUUCAGCAAGCCGCGCGACUUUUUGAUUCUUCUCUGCACGCGUCAGAGAAUAAAUUUGUGAGCAGCGGGGCUUUGAAGACGAGCUCGACUUUUGCAGAACCGGUGGGUGUUGACGAGCAGAUGAGGGAGGCGGCGAGGAUAAAAAUGUUCGGGAAAUUGACGCGAGUGACGACAAUCUGGCAGCCAUCGAGUCUCGUUUGUAAAAGGUUUAAUGUCGCCGAACCGAGAGUUGGUUGUGCCUUGGAAGAGAAGAAGAAGAAGAAAUACUCGGUUUUUGAAUCUCUGGAUUUUUGUAAUGCGGAGGCGAAAUUCGAGAGAGGAACUGAGGAGAAGAGAGAGUUCCGAGGUGAGACUAGAGUAGAGAUGCUGAAUCUGGAGGAAGAGAAAAUGACGGAAAAGGAGAAGAGUUUUGAAGCGACCUAUUGCAAGGUUUUUGGAAAGGGUGAAGAGGAGAAAUCGGGGGAUUUGGAAUUGAAAAAGGAGGUGGAAAGUGGAGAAAAUUUGGAGGAGAAGAGAAGGGACACAGUGGAGGAGAAGAAGGAUCUUUUUAAAGCGAUUUUUCUGAGCAGUAGUGAAGAUUCGGAUUCGGAAGUGGAUGAGAGUUUGGAUAGUGAAGUUGUCAAGUCGGUUUUGAUAGGAAAGACAUCUGAGGUUAAUCUUCAGAGGAAUACAUCGCCACCGAGAGGUAUUUUUGCAAAUGUGGAUCUGGAUAGUUUGGUUGCGCCGGUUGAAAGAUCCGAUAAAAGUGAAGAUGUUGAAGCUUCUGGUUCGCAAAGUGAAUCGAGAAAUGCAGAUGCAAAUGAAAAGGUAAAAGAGGAAGCGGAAGUUGUUUGUGUGGAUGUUUUACCACCGGAUGCGUACGGUCCACUGCCUCCUAGCAGAGUUCCAAAAAUUGAGAGUAGAGCUGAAGAAGAUCCGGAGAUGGCGAAACCUGUUUUCAGAAGUGUUGCGAUGCCGAAAAUUGCGAGUAAAAGUGAAAUUGAGGGUGAGUGGGUGGAGAGGACUAGGGUGAAGAAGUCGAAGAAGGAAAAGAAGAAGCAUAAACAUAAGGAGAGAGACAGAGAUAAAGAGCGUUCGAAACAUAAGAAGAAGUCUAAAAAAUCAAAGAAGUGAGGAGCGUUUAUUGUAUUGUAAUUUAAGGUUUAAGUGGAAGAUUAAUAAAAAUUUUGUUAUUAAA